ACAAGAUUCACAACGUUUGAGUUGAUCGGAUCGGAUCGAUUUCCUGAGACGACUUCAACAAUUUGGUUCUGCUCGAUUGUGUCUUGGCGGGGUUGAGGCAGCACGGCAGUUAGAAUGCACAUCUGGUCUGCCGUGAAUGCUGUUUCACCAGUUUAUGAAGGAGGAUGUCUGCCUCCUUUUUUGUUUCGGAUUCGAUCUCACUCAUUGUAGCUGAAACUUCGACAACACCACUUCUAUGCUCCUUGGUUCUGUCUUUCUCUUUGACAGAACGAUAUAAUCUCACCUCAUACUUUCAAAUACAUCCCAUCAAGUGAUUCAGUUCACUGUGUCGGGUGCCAAUGAUCAAGUCCGAGCAAAGGCUUUUCGAUGGAAGCGAAAGCAAAGGCCGUGCCAGCCCGGAACGGCCGGGGUAUCAGAUCUGGCCGACCAUGAAGAAGGUCCUCCCUUCCUUAGACAUGAAGUCCCCCAGAAUGGGAAUGUCUCGGGAUAAGAGACCCUGUCAGUCGAGUUCGGGAUCCCAGGACGCCAGGACUUUCCUACCAGCUGGGAAACCGAAAGGGUCUAGUUUGUUGCCUCAACAGCUGCGGAUCGGAUCUGCCGUUGCACCAAUGGCAACGGUUCAGGAAGACUACAUGGACUCUCCUACAAUUCCUGGCAUGUCCCCCGUUGUGCAUGAGAGAUCCCUCAGCGCUCCGGAAGCAUCCAGAACUCAACCCGUCGCCAACAAGAUCAAUCGGAAGCCAGUCCCCACGCCGGCGAACAUGAAAUAUGAUGCACAACUGAUCAGGAGUUACGACAACCCCCCGACAAAGCCUAUCACUAACUGCAUCAAUAUACCGGUCAGGAGCGAUUCCCUUCGCUUAAGGAUCAAGGACGAGAUUACACCCGAAGUACCUCCGAAGUCCCCACGGACAAGUGACAUGACUGCGCGGUUGCCCCAAAUGCUACCUGCCUCUCGGUACCAACCCCCCUCAAGUCCAGAGAGGCCGGUGGCUGCCUCUCGACACCAUAACCCGCCCUCCAAGCCGGUUCCUCCUCGACCGGAGAGGCGUCCUGAAGGUGAUUUGCCCAAGAAAAUGCCUCAAUCAUCUGACAGUGGACUGGCGGCUCAGACGUCAAAGGCGGACGGCACAGUGUUUCCUUAUUAUGAUGACGAUAGUGCAUCGGAUGUGGAUUCUGUCAUCAGUUAUUUCGAGGAGAGUGAUCAGUUCUCCCACGAGAACAAUGGUAGCCAACUCGACUCUAUCUCACCAAGAACGUCCUGCUCGAGCGCGACCACGGUUGCUUCUGCCACACUUCCAGCGGGCUACGUGCCGUCUCACGCCGCCGCCGUCAUGGCGCCGACAGAGAUGGAUACAAUAUACGAGCAAGCAAAGAAGCAGGCGCGUACGUUCCAGGUGCUCAAGUGCAGUGACGUUAGCGAGCUCUCCCGAGAGCUACAGCUGAUGGAGGAACGCUGUGAUUACCUACGUACCACAUACGAGCAUCUCCGCGAAGGACGGCAGCAUCUACACGGGCGGAUGAUAGGCCUCCUCAAGUCUCCUCGUCUGUCAGCCACCAAAGAUACUCUGCUCAAACAGGAACAGGCUCUCUUGGAUCUCAACUCGGCCAUCGACGACUGGCUCGUAAAGUUAGAAGCCGCUGAAAACCGUCGCAGUCGUAUUCAGCAGAAGCUGCUGGAGCAUUUUGCCGCAGCACUCCUCUCUCAGGCCAUGACAACAGAACCUUCCCCGGCGGUCCAAGGAACGCCUCCAUCAAGUCCACCCGGGGAGAUGAAGUCUGGCAAGAACACGAUCGACGACAGGAUCGCAUCGAUUACUGUAUUUGCAGACUCGAAGAUCUAUGGGAAUUCCCGGGCGUCUGAGCUCAUGGCCGAUAUUGAGGAGGCGAUGGAUCAGAUGAAGCAGAACAUAGAUGCCGUUCCCGCGAGUAUUUAAUAUAAUGUAUCACCCAUGGGUUGUUGUUGUUAGGUACAAUUUAAUAAUGAAUGAAUGAAUGAUAAUGACAUGGC